CCCUUUAUCUACAUUUAGGAUUGAUUAAAGAUGUCCGAAUUAUCUUUUAAAGACAAAGUUGUUAUCGUUACCGGAGCCGGUGGUGGUCUUGGUAAGUACUACUGUUUGGAGUACGCCAAGAGAGGUGCCAAGGUUGUUGUAAAUGAUCUUGGUGGUUCUCUCGGGGGCCAAGGGGGUGACUCCAAGGCUGCCGAUGUUGUAGUUGAUGAAAUCAAGGCCGCUGGCGGUAUUGCCGUUGCUGACUACAACAACGUUCUUGAUGGUGACAAAAUUGUGGAAACCGCCGUUAAGAACUUUGGUACUGUCCACGUUGUUAUCAACAAUGCCGGGAUCUUGAGAGACUCGCAAUUCAAAAACAUGUCCGAAAAGGACUUUCAACUCGUGGUUGACGUCCAUGUCAACGGUGCUUACAAGGUCACCAAGGCUGCUUGGGAAUACUUUAGAAAGCAAAACUAUGGUAGAAUCAUCAACACUGCCUCUCCAGCUGGUUUGUACGGUAACUUUGGUCAAGCCAACUACUCUGGUGCCAAGUUGGGUCUCAUUGGGUUUGCUGAAACUUUGGCCAAGGAAGGUGACAAGUACAACAUUAUUGCUAACACCAUUGCUCCAUUGGCCAAGUCAAGAAUGACUGAAAAGAUCUUGCCACCUCAUAUUUUGGAAAAAUUAUCUCCAGAAAAGAUUGCUCCUCUUGUUUUGUACUUGACCCAUGAUUCCAACAAGGUUACUGGUCAAAUCUUUGAAGUUGCUGCUGGUUUCUUUGCUCAAAUUAGAUGGGAAAGAUCUGGUGGUGCUCUUUUCAAGCCUGGUAAGUCUUAUACUGCCGAAUCUGUUGCCAAGAGAUUUGAUGAAAUCUUGGAUUUCAAUGACUCCAAAAAGCCAGAAUUGUUGAAGAAUCAACAUCCAAUCAUGUUGAAUGAUUACUCUUCUUUGGUUAAGGCUGCUGAAAAAUUACCAGAAAAUGAUAACUCUGGUGUUGACCCAAUUUCCUUGAAGGAUAAGGUUGUUUUGAUCACUGGUGCUGGUGCCGGUCUUGGUAGAGAUUAUGCCAUUUUCUUUGCCAAGUAUGGGGCCAAGGUUGUUGUCAAUGACUUUAAGGACCCAUCUGCCGUUGUUGAAGAAAUCAAGAAGCUUGGUGGUGAAGCCCAUGGUGACAAACAUGAUGUUGCCAAUGAUUCUCAAGCCAUUAUUGACAAUGUUUUGCAAAAAUACGGUAAGAUUGACAUUUUGGUGAAUAAUGCCGGUAUUUUGAGAGACAAAUCAUUUGCCAAGAUGACUGAUGCUGAAUGGUAUUCUGUCCAAAAGGUUCAUUUGAAUGCUACUUUCAACUUGUGUAAGCUUGCCUGGCCUGUUUUCUUGAAGCAAAAGUAUGGUAGAGUCAUCAAUGUUACUUCCACUUCUGGUAUCUAUGGUAACUUUGGACAAGCCAACUAUGCCACUGCUAAGGCUGCCAUUUUGGGUUUCUCCAGAACUUUGGCCAUUGAAGGUGCCAAGAACAACAUCAAGGUUAAUGUUGUUGCUCCACAUGCUGAAACCGCCAUGACCUUGACUAUUUUCAGAGAAGAAGAAAAGAAUGUUUUCCAUCCAGAUCAAGUUGCUCCUCUUUUGGUCUUUUUAUCUUCUGAAGAAUUGCCAGUCACUGGUGAAUUGUUUGAAGUUGGUGGUGGUUGGAUUGGUAACACCAGAUGGCAAAGAGCCAAGGGUGCUGUUUCCCAUGAUGAACACAUCACCCCUGAAUUUGUCAGAGAUCACUUGUCUGAAAUCACUGAUUUCUCAAAGUCUGUCAACCCAAAGAACACCACUGAGUCUUCUAUGUACAUCUUGAGUGCCGUUGACCCAGAUGAUGAUGAUGAUGACGAUGAAGAUGAAGACGAUGAAGAAGAUGAAGAAGAAGAUGAUGAAGAUGACCCAGUCUUCACCUACGGAGAUAAGGAAGUCAUUCUUUACAACAUUGCUCUUGGUGCUACUGCUAAGGAAUUGAAGUACACCUAUGAAAAUGAUCAAGACUUUGAAGUCAUUCCAUCUUUCGGUCACUUGCCAACUUUCAACUCUGGUAAGUCUCAAUACUCAUUUGCCAAGUUGUUGAAGAACUUUAACCCAAUGUUCUUGUUGCAUGGUGAACAUUACAUCAAGGUUGAAAAAUGGCCAAUCCCAACCGCCGCUUCCAUCAAGACUUCUUUCCUGCCAAUUUCUGUUACUCAAAAGGGUACCAACACCGUUGUUGUGCACGGAUCCCAGUCUGUUGAUAACAACACUGGUGAACCAUUGUUCAGCAACGAAGCUACCUUUUUCAUCAGAAACUGUAAGGGUGAAACCAAGAGUUUCGCUGACAGAAAGACUUUUGCCACUGCUCAAUUCGUUGCACCAAAGACUGAACCAGACUUCACUACUGAUAUCAAGAUUGAUGAAGAUAAGGCCGCUUUGUACAGAUUGACCGGUGACAGAAACCCAUUACACAUUGACCCUAACUUUGCCAAGGGUGCCAAAUUCGACAAGCCAAUCUUGCACGGUAUGUGUACUUAUGGUUUAGCCACCAAGGUUUUGUUGGACAAGUUUGGUCCUAUCGGUGAAAUCAAGGCUAGAUUCACUGGCAUUGUUUUCCCUGGUGAAACUCUUAGAGUGUUGGCAUGGAAGAAGGGUGAUGUUGUGACCUUCCAAGUUCAAGUUGUUGACAGAAAGACCAUUGCUAUCAACAAUGCAGCCAUUAAGUUGCUCAGCGACAAGGCUAAGAUCUAAUGAAUUU